AUGUUCUUCAAAACAUCGAGAUUGCAUUUACAAGCAGUUUCAUCUUCUCAUCAUAAUUUGUACCAAGUGUUAGGAGUUUCCCGCACCUCAUCACCGAAACAAAUCAAACAAGCCUUUCUUCAGCUUGUCAAGCAACAUCAUCCCGAUAACAAGAAUGGUGAUGAAGAACUGUUUAAACAAGUCAAUGACGCCUACAAGACAUUAUCAGAUCCGCUCAAGAGAGCAGAAUACGAUGCAGAAAUGCGGAAUAAAGAACGUCAUGAAGAAUUAUUAAAACAUCAACGAGAAUUUGAACAUCAUCGUUCGGAACAAACCAAUCAAAGAAUAAGAACCAUACAUCUUUCGGAAGAGGAAAAGAAGAAGUUUGUGGAGUCUCUCGCAAAACGAAAGAAAGAGGACAUGGAAGCUUUGAGAAGAUCUCACGAAGCAAUGUUUGUCGAAAUGAGGAAACACAAAAAGAGUCCUUUGAAAUUUAUCUUGUUGAUUGUUGGAGCCGUGUUCAUGUUGUGGGGAGUUAAAUUAACAAUGUGGUACAAUUCAGUUUAUAAGAAUUACAAAUCUCAGGAAGAGAUCAUCGACGUCGUUCAUCCAAUGGCCAACGACAAAGAAGCAGAUUCACAAAAACGCUCUCAAGUUCCUGAACAAGUAAGGCAAUUACUGAUUCAAAAUCAAAGCAGAGCCUAUGUAGAUACUAAAUAUUACAAACAAUCUCCUCCCAAUCAUUAA